AUGGGAGAGAAAGAUUUAGAAGCCCAAACGCUAAUUGGCUUAAAUGUAAGCAGCAAUAUUGCAAUCAAAAGAGCAAAUUGCAAAUCGUCUUAUCUAAUGUUAUCAAAGUUAGAAACCCUGUAUGGCAAAAACUCAGAAAUCACUAUUGAAGGUCUACAAAGAAAUUUUUUUGGAUUCAAAUAUGAUGUAAAUAAAUCAGCUGUUGAAAAUUGUAUGCAAAUUAUUCAAUAUUCUGAGGAAUUAGCUGCUCAAAGAGAAGAAAUUAAAGAAAGUUGGACGAUGACUAGAAUUUUAGGAAUGCUACCAACUAAUCUUCAUCAUUUUCGAACCGCUUGGGAUAGUGUAAAUGUAACCGACAAAAAUUUAAAUACGCUACUUGAACGUCUACGAUUAGAAGAAGAUAGAUUAAAACAAACAAAUUUGAAGAUGAAUCAUCAACUCAAAAUGCAUUUAUGUCGAAAUCUAACAAAAAAUUUAGUAAAUUUACUUCUCAAUUAA